UGAAGCUACUAGUACAUUAUAAAAAGAUACAUAAAAAGACCACCAAAGGAUAAGUAGCUGUUUCCUUUAGCAGAUAUGUUCCUCUCUUUUUUAUUUUUGCUUGCAGUGGUAGUAACACCAAAUAGUGCUCAAGUUCAUCAUCCCUCCACUCGAAAAAAUGUCUUGGCUCUCACUCCUCAAAUGGGGUGGAAUAGCUGGAAUCACUUUGGAUGUAAGAUUGAUGAGCAAUUGAUUAAAGAAACAGCUGAUGCAAUGGUGUCUACUGGCCUGGCAUCCGUUGGGUAUGAAUACAUAAACAUAGAUGAUUGCUGGGGAGAGCUCAACCGAGAUUCUCAGGGAAAUUUGGUUCCCAAGGCCUCAACAUUUCCAUCAGGAAUAAAAGCACUAGCAGAUUAUGUUCAUGGAAAAGGGCUGAAGCUUGGAAUUUACGCAGAUGCAGGGACUAAGACUUGUAGCCAGACCAUGCCUGGAUCACUUGGGCAUGAAGAACAGGAUGCCAAGACAUUCGCCUCUUGGGGUGUGGAUUACUUGAAAUAUGAUAACUGUGAAAAUCAAGGAAUUAGCGUCAAGGAUAGGUACCCUAAGAUGAGUAGAGCCCUACUUAAUAGUGGGAGAAAUAUAUUUUUCUCGCUAUGUGAAUGGGGACAAGAAGAUCCAGCAACAUGGGCUCCCAGUAUUGGAAACAGUUGGAGAACAACUGGUGAUAUUGAGGAUAAUUGGAAUAGUAUGACAAACAUAGCAGACAAAAAUGACAAAUGGGCAAGAUAUGCUGGUCCUGGACAUUGGAAUGAUCCAGACAUGCUUGAAGUAGGUAAUGGAGGAAUGACAACAGAAGAAUAUCGUUCUCACUUUAGCAUGUGGGCAUUAGUAAAAGCUCCUUUGCUGAUUGGAUGCGAUUUGCGAUCCAUGGAUAACACGACUUUUGAACUACUUAGCAACAAGGAGGUUAUUGCCGUCAAUCAAGAUAGGCUAGGCGUUCAAGGGCGAAAGGUCAAGAAGAACGAUGAUCUUGAGGUAUGGGCAGGUCCAUUGACUCAUAAGAGGGUGGCUGUUGUUCUAUGGAAUAGAGGAUCCUCGCCCUCAAAUAUUACCGUCAAUUGGUCUGACAUAGGCCUUAAACGAACAGCUAAAAUGUAUGCUCGAGAUCUAUGGAUGCAUUUAACUCGGACUGGUGUAAGAGGUUAUUUAUCGGCUGAAGUUAGCCCGCAUGCUGUCAAGAUGUACGUCUUAACGCCCUGUCGUUCAUGAGAUUUGUUUCGCGUGUGGAGCUAGCAAGCAUGCUCAAAUGAUAGCAGUUUAAGUUAGCAGAGUUUAUAUAAUGAGAAGAGGGGAAGAAUAUGAUGUGUAAGAGAACAGUAUAAUAUACUGAUACUUUCUUAUUAUACAAAGGAAAAAAAGUAUGUACUAUAAAAGUUAUGUAUCAAUUGACAAUAAAAGGUGGUUCUACUCUUAAAUUCUCCUACCCCUUGCAUUAAAAGAGCUAUCUGCAUUAGAGUCUUUAAAUUUCGUAUAAGAUAUAGCAGCAGCUAUGUAAGGUUUUUU